AUGUCACCGACACCACCACUAUCCCCCAUUCAACCACCAGAGGAUGACUUCAAUUCCUGUUGCGCUACUUCAAUGUCACCAACACCACUGCUUGCGACAUCGUCAUUCUCCUCAUCCGUUGAGUCUGCACCUUUGACAUCUGCAUCAGUUGCAGUUGAGGACAUUUGGCGACCAGUGCCAUCUUUGGAAACUCACCAGUCAGCUCAGGCUGCUCUGUCCAUCAUUCUUGUACAUGUUCCGAUAUACGAUCGUGCCAAUCCACGACGAGUCUGGCCACAGGGAAUGUACACAGUUGAUAUGGUUGUUGGCUUUCAGCAGAUGGACAUCCCAAAGUUCCGUAACUAUGGUCAGGAGCAUCUUUUUCAUCUCAUCUUUGGGGAUACUCCGUUUGUUAAGGCCACAUAUCAUGAAAAUCGCAAGGCAUGGCGCGAGACACCACUGACCAUCCUCGAGACACACAAGAAUAGCAGGCACACUCAAGAUGGCCUUUGGUCGAACUGUCUUGCCACAUGCCGCAUUGCCUUGGGUCUGGAGAGCAAGAAACAUAGCUGGCGGAAGUAG